UAUUUCACCAUUUGCAGUCAAGAAGAAGACAUUAAAAACCUCAAGCUAGCUCGUGCUCGCGUCAUUAGUUUCAGUCAUGGAUUCCCUGUUUGGUGGUAAUAUUCAGGUGGUCAAGGCUGAUAUUGAGCCUUUGAUAUCAACAGCCCACGACAGACUCACCAAUGAGGAUAAUGACUGGAACCCUGUCAAAGGCAACAUGAAUGGUCCGUCAUCAGGUAACCAGCCCCUCCACAAUGAGGGAAUGGACAGACAGUAUGGUACAACAACACCAACGAGCCCAAGAACGAGAUUAGCUAGUGAACAGGGAAGCAGGAGUAAAUUGUCGGGGGCCAUCGCAAGGUACGAAUCCAGAAAUAACAGUAGGGACGAAGAUGGGGACGAUGAUGCUGUACUGGUACUUGAUGGAAGAGAACACUCAGGAGGACAAGUUGAAACUCCGGUCGGGGAGAAUGGAAGUCAGGACAGGGAAGAUGGAGAGCGCAAUAUAUUGGACGAAGAUGCUAUUGCCACGGUUACCAGUGAUGCAUGUUCUGAGAUUGUGCAUUCAGAUGUUGAAGAUAUUUCACAAUGUGGCUGGUUUGGAUACUCCCCUCCUUUCGUUCAGAUUUUCAACAACCCCAGGGGCUUUCUCUUCUUCGUAUGUACGCUGUCCUUGAUCCAGGGAAUGACUGCCUUUGGUCUAGUCUACAUCAGUAUCACCACCCUUGAACAUCGCUUCAGCCUGGACAGCUUCAAGAGUAGCUUCAUCUCCAGCGCCUACGAUGUCUCCGCACUCUCUGUCUCCCUCCUAGUCACCUACCUUGGUGAGCAGGGCAACAAGCCCAGAUGGAUCGGCGUCGGUUCCGCCAUCUUCAGCCUCGGAUCGGUGAUAUUUGCGCUCCCGCAUUUCCUGACGGGGCUCUACGAUGCGGGCGAAUCGCCGAAUCUCUUGUGUCAAAGGCCUCCCGACAACAUGACUAGGUUGGACAGUUGCGACGGUAGCGGUGGUGCCGAAUCGGAUUUGGCUGUUUUUUACUGGGUAUUUAUCUUAGCACAGGUACUGCACGGAAUCGGAGUGUCGCCCCUCUAUACGUUGGGCAUAACAUAUAUGGAUGAGAACUUGCAUGCUAAGGAUUUUGGAUUCUACUUAGGUAUCUUCAAUGCUAUGAGUGCAGCUGGACCAGCCCUGGGUUACGCACUGGGAGGAGUCUACCUCCGGGUCUAUACAGACUUUCAUGUAACGGACAGUGCUAUUUUUCAAUUUACCCAAGCACUUUUGAAGCUUUUGAGCACUAAAUCGCUCACCGCUCACAUGAAUCUUAUUUCGCUGGUUAGGUGCUUUAGUAUCCCUAGCAACCCGACGUGGGUUGGGGCUUGGUGGUUAGGGUUCCUCGUCAAUGGCAGUCUUCUGUUCAUCAUCUCUGUUCUCAUGCUCGGCUAUCCUAAAGCAUUGCCUGGAUCAAAAGAAAUUGCCAGCAAGAGAAAGAGCGAAGUACAGCGGGGCCAGGAGUUUGAGUCUGGUCAAGGCUGGAAGAAGCGUCUGCAGGCCUUUCCGAGGGCCGUUCUCAACCUCAUCACCAAUAUUCCUUUCAUAUGUGUGUGCUUCUUCGUCACAUGUCAAUGGUUCUAUGCUUCUGGACUGUCUGUGUUUGGGCCUAAGUACAUGGAAUCUCAGAUGAAUAUCUCCUCUAGUGGUGCAGCAUUCUAUGUGGGUCUCCUGACGAUGGCUGGCACGGGGACAGGUGCCUUGAUCGGAGGCUGGAUCAUCAAGAGAUUUGACCUCAAGUUCAAAGGUCUCAUUGGGUUUGCCAUGGCAUGUGCCGUAGGAUGUCUUGGAGCUUCCUGUGCUUUCUUGCUGAAGUGUCCCAACGUUCCCCUGGCUGGUGUGACAGUGCCCUACAUAAAUAGCUCUCAAGAACUUCAAUCGCAUCUCAAUAUUACAGCUAUGUGUAACAUAGAAUGUAGCUGUGGUAGAAGUUUUGAUCCAGUGUGUGGCAGUGACAAGGUCCUCUACUACUCGGCUUGCCACGCCGGCUGUUCAGAACAGUCGGACGGCGAUGAAGUCUUGUACACGGACUGUUCUUGCAUCAGGAACAGCUCUAGUCCUGGACCUGGUUCUGCCGAGCCUGGAAAGUGUUACAUCUUCUGCAGAUCUAAAUGGCCGUUCUUUCUGGUAAUGUUCCUGCUUCUCACCUUCGGUGGGAUGGUGCUGGUGCCAGUAUGGACAGCUACAAUACGAUGUGUGCCCCAUUCACAGAGGACAUUUGCUCUAGGGUUGCAGAGUUUAUUGUACAGUGCAUUAGGAACUAUCCCAGGACCCGUUGUUCUUGGUCUUCUUAUUGACAAGUCCUGCUUGCUGUGGGAGGAUUCCUGCGAUGGGUCCAGGACCUGCUGGCUAUACCAGAACUCGGAGCUGUCCCUGGUCUUCUUCUUCAUCACCCUCCUGGCCAACGUUGGUGGACUGAUAUUCCUUCUGGGGGCGCUGCUCAGUUACAGGACGCCCGACGGGAGAGGAGGUGCCGACGGGGGGAAGUAUGAUAAGCUGGAGAAUGAAGAUAAUACUAACAGUUUAUGAUCACAGUUUCUCACCAACUUUGCGCGAUGCCAUCCCAGGAUCAGCGUGUGAGGGCAGUAUCAAGGAAACUAUGUUAGAAAAAAGAGAUGGGCGCUGCUCAGUUACAGGACGAUGCUCUAUGACCAAAGUGACCGUACCCUGUUUCCACCCGCUUUGCAGGAUGUUCUUCCAUCGUAUUGUUGCUGGACCAAGAUCAGCUUGUGAGGGCAGUAUUGUGAAAACUAUGUUAGAAAGAAGAUGAAUUGAGAUGAAUACCUAUCG